AUGACCAACAGGUGUGAUGAUGUUCACUUGCCACGGUUCUCAAUAAAGCAAGGCAUGUUCCCAUCACGUUACGUUAUGCCUUGGAAAGAAAACAUGAAAUUCAGGAAUGUGAAUCUGCAGCAAGCAGAUGCGUGUGGGAUCUAUGCUGGCCCCUUGGAAGAUUCUCUGUUCUGGGGUCACAGUGAGCGGCUUUGCCAUGGGGAAGACCGGAAAGUCAUCAUGAAGAAAGGCCCACCGGAGAUAAAGAUUGCCGACAUGCCUUUGCAUUCGCCUCUGUCCAGAUAUCAGAGCACUGUGAUCUCCCAUGGCUUCAGGAGGCGGCUGAUCUAAUGGGCUGACCUUGGGGUAGCGGUGUGCUUGCCCAACACACAAGAGGCUCAGUGUUCUAAUCCCAUUACUACCAAAAAGAAUAAAAUUAUAAAAUAGUUCAA